AUGGCGUUGAAGAUUUCUGUGCAGCAACUCAGCGGGGAAGUUGCAGUGAUUGAAGCAGUGCCUGCCACAACGAUCCGCGAAUUCAAGAGGCAGUUGAAGGCUUUGCAGAGGGGUGUAGAUGAGCUGACUUGUAAUAUGAGCUUGGUAGAGGUGAUGGUGGAUGACCAGAGGUUGACGGAUAAUGAUGAGACCUUAGCGGAAGCAGGAAUAUCUGAAGACAAAGCAGUGACAGUGGCAUUCAUCAUCAAGCCAGUUGAGUGCCUGUGCAAAGAAGCAGCGGGCUGUGAUGAAGAAUCCCUACUGGUUGUGACCAUUCCCGGUGUGGCGGUGAUUCCUCUGGAGGCUUUCAUUGAUGCGAGGCACUUGGUGCGGGUUACCAUCCCCGACACGGUGGCUGCGAUUGGUGAGGGGGCCUUUGCGGGCUGCAUCUCCUUGCAACAGGUUGACCUUCCCAGCUCGUUGACUUCCAUCGAAGCCCGAGCCUUUCAGAGCUGCAGCUCACUGCAGCUGCAGAUUCCCUCAGUGACCCACCUGGGCGCCAGGGCCUUCGCAGACUGCAGCGGGUUGGAAACUUUUCAGGUGCCGAGCUCCCUGCGCUGCGUGGCCAGUGGCUGUUUUCGAUCCUGCAGCUCUCUGAAGUCGGUGGUUUUGGGGGAUGAGAUGACUGAAAUUGGAGCAGAAGCCUUCAAAGGAUGCUCUUCCUUAACUGCGGUGGAGGUCCCUGAGUCUGUGAGAAUCAUUGGAAGAGAUGCCUUUGCUGGUUGUAGCUCUUUAGUAAGUGCUGCUGUGCCCAAAUCGGCUCAACUUCGCCCUGGGGCUUUUGAUAGCCACGUAACGCUGGUCUGUGAUCCUGGAUGA